AUGAGUUCGUUGCACUACCAAUUGUUUCUUGUCUUCUGCUUCUAUGUUGCUGUUCAGGCUCCAUACAGAGAAGGCGAUAUCAUGUUGGGCGGACUUUUCAACGUACACCAGCCACCAGACCAGCCAGGGAGACAAUGUGGAGAGAUAUAUUUGACAGGACUUGGUGGCAUGCAGGCUAUGAUCUUCGCAAUCGAACGAAUAAACAGCGACACAAGUCUUCUUUCGAAUAUUUCCCUAGGAUAUGACAUAAGGGAUUACUGUGGAAACCUCUCAAAAGCUGCAGGACUUGUUUACAAACUUUUAACUGUUAAUUCUUGCGUCAAUUUAAGCCAAAAUGCCACAAGAAAGAAAGCCAUCAUUUCUUUAAUAGGCCCAAAGGAAUCUAGUACAGCGCUACUCAUUGCUGGAUUUCUACGGAUGCUCAAUGUUUCGAGCAUAAGUGGAUCAGCUACUAGUGCUGAACUUAGCUCACUUACCUAUGACCAUUUAUUUCGAACAGUGCCUUCGGAUACUUUUCUUGCAAAGGCGAUGGUUGACUUGGUUACACACUUCAAUUGGAGUUAUGUUGCUGUCGUUGCACUAGAUGAUUCGUAUGGACGAAAUGGAGCAUGGGCAGUAGUUAGCGAAAGUACGUCAAGAAAAAGCUCGUUCUGCAUUGCCUUGACGCAGUUUGUACGCCACGAAAGUCUGAAUCUGAGUAUUUCGAACAUAGUUAGAAAGCUUAAACAGAUGGAAAAUGUCAAAGUUGUGAUCUUAUGGUUAUACAAAAAUUAUCAAACGAAGUUUUUAGCAGAGGUUCAGAAGCAAAACCUAACUGGACGUGUGUGGAUUUUCAGCAAUGCUCCUCUAACUUCCACACUGCCAGUAGAAGGUAUUCUCGAGAACUCUUUGGGAUUUCUAUUCCAUGAAUUCAGCGACUCUGGCUUCAAGGAAUAUUUAAAAGAUAUAUUGGUCAAGGAGAGAGACAAUAGAAGUUUUUCUGAAUGGAACUACAGUACAAGCGAAAUAUGGAAGCUUUUGAAGAGCAAGAAGUGUGUUCAUCGCCAAAUUGAGCAGUGCUCUAACAACUUGAUUAAAGAAAUCUACAGCCCCUUUGUUCCGUACAUCAUCGACGCCGUAUAUGCCGUGGCACAUGCGGUAGAUAUUUUCAAUCGAAACUUUAGCAAUAACGAGACCAAAGAUCGGGCGAAAUUGCAGAUAGCCAAUAGUUUUGAGGUGCAGAAGCUUCUUGGCAGAGUAAAUUUUGACGGACUGACUGGAAAAAUCAAGUUCGAUCGAUUUGGUAACAGGGGUUCGGCGUAUUACGACAUUUUCAGCUUUAAAAAAGUACCCAAUGGAGAUGUCGAGAGCGUAAAAAUGGUGCUGAUAGGAGAAUGGAAAAAUUCAAAGAGGAAUGAAACUCGCUUGAUUUUUCAUGAAGCCUUGGAUUGGACGACUACAUCCGGUUGCCCUCCUAAAUCUGAAUGCUCGGAGCAGUGUCCUCCUGGAACAAGGAAAUCUUUUACUUCUCCUUGUUGUUGGCAGUGCCUUCCGUGUCUUGGUGGAAACAUCAGCCCAUCUGCUGGUUCUGAAAGCUGCAGUGAAUGCCCCAUCGGAAAAAUAUCUAACCAGGCUAAAACAGUGUGUGUCGCCUUACCCUCCGCUAAUAUAAGUUAUGGUGGUGCAAGUGGAAUUUUAAUUCUUACCUUUGCUACGCUCGGUGUAGUGGUUACAUUGCUUUGUCUGGCAGCCCUCUAUAAAUUCUGGAAUAGUCCCAUUGUCAAGGCUUCCAAUCGAGAACUAAACCUUGUUCUUUUACUCAUAAUUCUGUCCUUAUUGUCUUUAGAAGCUGAGUCGUAUAAUAGGCUUUCAUAA